CCAGAAUUCCGAGGGGAUCCCGAGGAAUCUAAACAAUUCAGAUUUACAAAUUGAAAUAAAAUUCCUUGAGUGACAUCGACCUCUGCGUUCUUGUUGUUGAGUCAGACGAGUCAUGCCAGUUCAGUGAGGAAGCUCGACUGAAAGUUUGUGAGUGACGUGCUCAUUUCCCUCCCAAAGAUCUCAGUGAACUAUCUAAAAAAUCCUUGCUGUAUCAUGAGUGGCCAGACCCAGGAGGAGAGGAACGCUGUUGUGCGUAAGAAGAUGCUGGACCUGACGAAUAUCAAGGUCGGACCUUUGCCAGAGGACUCGCCAUGGUUGAGACCGGCGCGAAUAUCAUUUAUGCAAGAUGGCAAGGCCAAGAAUUGGGAUGUCUCCAGGAUACAUGACAGCGUUGCUAUUAUUAUUUACAACACCACGAGGAAGAAGCUCGUGUUUGUCAGGCAAUUCAGGCCAGCUGCUUACUAUGGAACUCUACCAGAGAAACAUCAGGAUGUUGACACCAAGCAGUAUCCACCAGAGGCUGGCCUGACCCUUGAACUUUGCGCUGGUAUUAUUGAUAAGAAUUUGCCAUUAGUUGAAAUCGCCAGGGACGAACUGAAGGAGGAAGUUGGGUAUGAGGCUCCUGCCUCUGCUUUUGAAAAAAUUCUCACCUACACGGAUAUUGCAGCCACCACUGGUAGACACACACAUUUCUAUGUUGAAGUUACUGACGCCAUGCACACACACCCUGGGGGUGGAGAUGAGUCUGAAGGGGAACUGAUCGAAGUCGUCGAGAUGAGUAUCCCCGAAGUGCUGGAAUACAUUUCGUCAGGGAACGUCCAGAGUCCCCCAGGUUUUCUCUUUGGCGUUAUGUGGUUUUUAUCCAAGAAACGUGAUCGUUAUGCAUGAAAAAAGUGCAACGUGUUAAAUCAAAUUUAUUUAUUUACAAAAAGGAGAAAAACAAGUAUGUACAAUGUAGGGAGAGCAUUAUUCUCUCCUCUUCAAGAGAAUGGGACGAGAAACUAGAGUUAUUGUUCAGCUUCGUCCUUCGAGAACUGCGAACUGACCCAUGCAAGGCCCCACUUGAGAUUUGUGAGUAAAAAUUUCAGUGCCUUGGUCCACUGUUCUUCGGAGUUGAAUUGAAUCCUAGAAAAAAUUGUCAAGUUGUAGAUAGUUAAUGCAAUAAAACCGGAGAGAACCAGAAUAA